UAUAUAGAUGAUGGAUGUGCUAAGUCAGAUCAUGCACAAACACAACACCUAUUAGGAAGAAGAUUAACUAAAGCUCACUGACAUGGCUCAAAACGCCACCACCAAUGGUCGUGUUAAAAAUAUUACUAGCUCACCCAUCGCAUAUCAGAUUUCCAAAGAUUGGCAAGGAGCUGUUGGAUCUGGCAAUCUCAACUCUUAUCCAGUUCAAAUCCAGGCUUCUGUUACAGGUACUUUUCAACAUGUUGGAAAUGAAAAUGGUUCACAGGGAGCUGCUGUGUAUCGCGUCACAAUUAGCUCUGCAAAAGCUUAUGAUGUACUGAUAGCUUGGUUCAACCCGCCUAAUUCUCCUAACAAGGCUUAUACUCUGAUUGAUCAAGCUGGCUCCUUUACACCCGAUCGUUGGCCUGGAGUUUUUAAUACCCUGAUCAAUUCCAGCCAAAAGAGCACCAGUACACUUGGAGGAUGCACCUCAGAAGUUGAAAUUGGGGAUGAAAAUUUCCCAACAUUUUCGGCAACAAUAAGUACUGCUUAACUGCCUGUGUUAAGGGCUAAUGUAAUAGGCUGUCAAAAGUACUAAGUAAAUAAAGUGCCUUGUGCACUAGCACUCUUAGACUAUUAGAGUGAAUUUGGCAGCCAAUAGACUAUUAGUGUGUUUAUGUGUUUGUAAUGUAAUAUUUUGGUUUCCUAUGGAUCGUACAUCCCAUGUGGAAAUUUUAAAUAUCAAUAAAGAAUUACACCCAUUGUCUGGUUUAUAACUUUG